AUGCCUUCGGAUGCAUGUGGUAAAUGUUUACUUUUUAUUGUGGCAAUUAUUUUACCCCCUCUUGCUGUAUGGAUUGCUCGCGAUAAAAUAUGUUCAUGUAUGGUCUGCCUUAAUAUUAUAUUGACAUUAUUAGGAUGGAUUCCGGGUAUUAUUCAUGCAUUUGCCGUUAUCUGUUGUUGUUCACGUUACCAAGUUCAUGAUACAGCUUAG